UGAUGAAAUACAAUUUCAUAAUGAAAUUUCAAAACUAUGAUAUAUAUAAUUGCUAGAAGUUCAUUCGUAUCGUACGUUUCAAACUGUUAUUUUCACGAUUGAAGCUGUAUAACUUCUGGUAACGAACAUAACCUUCCAAUGGAAAAGGUAAAGAAACUCAUCUUUUAGGAGUUAAUGGUUUAUCAUCUAAUAUACAAGUUUCAAAAUCACUAUUCUCUAUAGGUGUACAAUAUCUGCGUGAUUCUGUUCUUCGCCAUAAGUAAUACUAGAUGAUGACUAACGGCCGGUGAUAUAACCAAGAUGGUAAUAAACAUUCUAUCGCAAAGGUGUCUCGUGAACACCAUUGGUACAAUCAUUAGGUGCAACAGGACCUUGUCACUGAAUACAUCGCAUAAGGCAGUGAGACAUAUAUCAUUCUGGCAGCCAUUCAACAAACCUCCCGAUAACUCUGACUCUGGAUCAGGUUUGGAAUUGUAUUCUAAACCUAAAAAGGAACCCUCACUAGUUACAAAACUUUGGGAUGGCAUAAAGAGAGUGACCCGCAUAGACGAGGGGGACCCCGAUGAGCAGAUUGCGGACUACUUCCAAUACUCAGUUGAACGCCUGAUGGCGCAUCCUGGGGAGUUUACCUUCGAAAAGUUUGGUAUCUAUCUGGAUGAAAUUUGUACCAAGCUACGUUUAAUAGGAAAGCGUCCUUUACCGGAUGAUGAUUUGACUGGUCCUUUAAAACAGCUCAAACUGCAACAUGAAAUGAUGAAAUAUCUUUCACCUAGUGAGAAGGAGUCGGAUUCAUCCUCGGUAUUCAGCCACCAGGCUAAAGUACUCCUGGCUGAGGCUGUCAAGUGCACAUUAAAAGAUGUUGAUGAUAUGUUGCUUCAUCAUGACAUCUGUAAAACUGAUCGCACGUGGUAUUUUCGCCGCAUUGUUCUGGGUAGGCAUCUGCCUACUACCUAUGAAGAGCGUGAACACUUGUCUUAUCAGCGUCCUAUAGCCCGGGAAGCAUCACAGCUAUUCCCUCAAACGCAGUCCCUGGAAGCCCUAAGGCUCAAGAAGAUGCGUGAUGACAUGCACUAUCGCAAACCACUUACCCGUACAUGGCCUUGGUAUCGCCAUCCUACCAGUGGCAAGAACAAAUGGAGUACGCGCGAGUAUACCAAGCGUCGUCUACGUUAAGGGGCACAAGUGCUGUGGUCUAAAAUCUACCAUAUGCAGAGUGUCUAGCAAUUUUGCCAUUGUAGAAAUUUUUAUCGGUGUACCGUUAAU